AGAUAGCCAGUGCUUUCAGAAAACCUAUGUAAUUGAGCAUCCAUCUUUAAAGUAAACAAAGCUGAGCCGUUGUCUUCUUCUAACCGGAGGUUUGAAAAUAAUCAUGGCGUCAUCAUCGCCAUCUGUCGGCGUGGGGAUCGCAAACCUAUCUGUCUGUCGACCGGAAGAAGCUCUGAUAAAAUCUGCAUCUGCAUGUCAUUGGUAACUGGAAGCUCUGCACUCCAUUCUGCAAAGAGAAAACAAGAUCAUGUGGGUGAAUGGAACACUAGGGGAAGUUGCCUAAAUGUCAAAUUGUCUGUCGGAUUGAGGUUUCAAUCGAUGUUUCCUCUCAUUUGCGUGCAGUCUCUUCGACAGUGUGACUGUCAUGAUCUGCUACAUGAAAGUCCUCUCGACUCUUCUGUGUUUACUGUUACUUCACCAAAAUGCAAGCGCAUCUUGUGCAAAAGGUCAAAUGUUUAGUCACAAUACAAAAAAAUGUAAGGCCUGUCCACCAAAACUAUUCUCUGACAAGGAAUUUUCAGCUUACUGUGAGAACUGCAGCGAAUGUAAAAAAGGUAGCAGAGAAGUCAAAUCAUGCACAUCUACCUCAGAUGCAGUGUGCAAAUGUAAAGAGGGGUUCACACCUGUUUAUAAACAAAAUCAAGUGGUUUGCUUCUGCAAAAAAGGUUUUGGAAUAGACCAUACAGGAAAUUGCGUAGAAUGUAUGGAAGGCUUCUUCACAGACCAAAAUGACUCAAUUUGUAAAAAAUGGAGAGAGUGUAAAAGUGGGAUUGAGUUCCAAGGCACCAGCACUUCUGAUGUUGCCUGCAAGGAUGCCUCAAAAGAGGUGACGGAACGUACCAAAGCGCAUACUACCCCGUUUCAGACGACUACUAUCUUUUCUACAUCCACUUCAAGAAUAGUCUCCCCUCACAACAACACGACAAAAAAAGACAACUACAGCUUGUGGCUGAUUAUUGCAUGCCCUGGUGUUAUUUUGCUGGCUGGACUACUGUAUCACAAGUGUAAAGUCACCCGCUGUAUUCGUAACCACAAGAAAGUGGAUUUUCGAAAAGAAAGUGUAUGCAGAAAGCCUGUUGAAGAAUCUGGGGAAAAGUGCCUGUCUUUGCUUGUCUAACUCAGUUGUUAAUGACCUUAGCAUUUAAUUUUGUAUACAUGUAAUAUUAGUUGUUAUAUAACUAGUCAAAAUGCUGUUUAACGUCAUUACAUUUCCACUUAAUAACAAGACUUAAAGGGAUAGUUCACCCAAAAAUUUAAAUUGUGUCAUCAUUUACUCACCUUCAGGUUGUUUCAAACUUGUAUGAGUUUAAAUUGUUGGGUGAACGAUCUCUUAAAGUCAUAGAUACAGUAAACGUUUAAUUAUAUUUGUUAUAAAUUGAGGAAGAAACCUUUUUUUUAUAUACAUAAUUAUUAUUCAUGAUAUUUUAAUGUGGCUUUAGUGGAUGAUGUGAGAAUGAUGUAAAUGGGGCUAAAAGUAGCUGGCUUUUGGGGUUGUUUAAGACCCCGUUUACACCUCUUUUGGGCAACCGAUUUGAAUCAUUUGGGGUCCAAAGAGAACUGAGAUUCAUCCACAUGUAAAGGUGUUCAAAGUCACAUUUAAACAAUUGCACUUGUAGUGUAAAUUCUCAUCCAUUUGAAUUCAGAUGUCUAAUUUAAAAGAGCCUUGAAUUGAUUUCAAUUCAUUACUUGGAGACGGAUCUGCUUUGAAAUCUGCUGAUUAGUGAAUUUGAAAUACAGUCUUCACAUCGACAGCUGUAGGUAGAUCGAUGAUUGCUAUAACAUUAUUAGAGUCAUUUUCAUUUUGCCACAGUUGUUUA